AUAGACCAUUAUAAAAGCACUGAAAAGUUAAAACAAAUGGAAAUUUUUGAUUAUAAAAAACGUCUGACGGAAGCUGAAAUAAAAUAUCAGCAGCAGCAAAGUUUAUUUGAUACUAUUCAUGCGGAGCGAAAUCUAUGCAGUAAGAGCCUCGUUGAAGCGCAAGAAGAACUACGAGAGUUGAAAAACAAACUAAAGAUUAUAGACCACCAGAUUGAGCAAAUGAAAGAGGACAUAACAACAAAAGAAGCUAGUCUUAUCAAGAAAGAAUUUUUGAUGGGAAAGAUCGAAAAAGAAAAGGAAGAUCUCAAAAUCGAUCUACGGACAUCUCACAUGGAAAUAUCAGGAUUGCGGCAAGAAGUAGAAAAAGGAAAACAAGAAGAAAAACGUCUUAGGCAGACUAUACAUCAGACGGAUAUAGAUGUUGGACGUCUAAAAAAAAAUAUCGACAAUGUUAUGAACGAGCGUGAUAUACUCGGAACGCAAGUGAUCCGUCGGAACGAUGAGAUCAGCCUCCAAUACAGUAGAAUAAAG